CUGGGGAUUUGGGUACAAACGAGCAAGGUAACGCUACGUUGACUACCUCCUUUUUAACCAUGCCACUUCAGGGCAGGCGGCGCAGCUCGCACACCCGGCGCUUAUCCGGCUGCCAUUCCUGCAGCCCCUGUACCCGGCUCCGAUGCCCCCGAGGUCCACUGCUAUCCCGCAGUGCCUCCCAGGCCCCAAAAGCCAACAGCUUAGUCCGAUGGACUGGAGGUGGUUUGCUCAGCGGCUACAGUCCGAUAGAUGGUCCCUGUUCUCGCACCAACCCUAGGAAUACGAAUGCCAACGUACAAUGUCUACGCGAAGGCUAGAUGACGGCAGUGUAGCGACCGAGGUGGAAAAUGUGAUUCUCUCGAAGAUUGCGGUGUACCUUUAGGAAAUGUGAUCGUAAGCUUGAGACAAGGGGCUCUACGAGGUACUAAUUAACCAUACGUGGGAGCUAUGAGUAUGCUAACGGAGCUCGGGC